UCAAUAAUCCCAAUGAGCAGUCCUGUGGCUGGCUGCUGACUGACGUCUGCGGGUGUUUACGCUCUUCAUGGUUUAGAGUUCAGCAGCCGGGUGAAGGCCGCUAUGUUCGCUAUGCGAGACACUUGAUCCUCUCCCGCCUCUCUACUCCAAAAACAAACGUCCACACAUGGAGAGGCCUAUAAAAGACAGACCCAGCUGAGGACCGAGGUUUGACCGAGGGACAGACGGACUGAGACGCAGCAGGACCAACACAACCCAAACAGCAACUUUAAACCGUUUCUCUUUGGGAUUGACUUCAGACAGGUGUGUCUCGGCGCUGUCAUGCCGUGGCUGCUGCCCUCUCAGCUGGAGCAUCUGUCUUCGUCUCCGUCUCAGCGGCAGUGCGAGCAGACGUCCUUCUCCUUCUACUGCGCCGUGCGGGAGCGACUUCCUGUCUGGCUGUUGGAGGACAUGCGCGGCAUGGAGGUCUUCAGCUGGGAGGACGGACACCCGCGCGCCUUCCUGCCGUCCGAGGCGCUGCUCUACGCUCUCGUGCACGACCACCAGGACUACGCACGCCACCUGCUGGACACAUACUCCGUGAGUGCGCUCAGAGCGCCACGCUGCAGCUUCUGCUGCCGCCGCAGCAGCGGAGCACCGCACCUCAGCGUAGCCGUGCGCUACGACCGCGUGGCGAUCCUCGGCAUGAUGGCGGCGGCGCUGAAGCAUGGCGACUCGCUGACAGACUACCUGGAGAGCCGCGGUGGCUGCUCGCACGUGGCAGACGCCGGGAAGACGGCGGUGCAGCUGGCGGUGGAGCUGUCACGGCCCGACUGCCUGCUGCUGCUGCUGGCGCACGGCGCGCGACCGGCCAGCCUGGACGCGGCGCUGCAGAGACUCGUGUCCUGUGAGGAGGCGGAGCGGAGCCGGGCGCAGCGCUGCCUGGACUUCCUGCUGCUCUUCCUGCCCGAGCCAGCGGCGCCGCGGAGGCUGCAGGACGAGCCGCGGCGCUGGCAGAGCCUGCUGGGACAUCAGGUGUUCAGCUGGCUGUGUGGCCUGGCCCCGCCCCCCCUGCUGCUGCAGGCGCUGCGCUGUCUGGCCCGGUCCGGCCCGGAUCAGAUCAGCACGCUGCCGGACUUCCUGCAGCCGCACAGCUGGCAGUGAUCUCGCAUGUCACUGUGGAAACAACACCGCAGGACUGCUGCGAUUGGACGGUGAAAUGUAAAUAAAGACUAAAAACAGGGCGAUGCCGAGUCAGCUGAAAGGUCUGGGCCGACGGGCGUUAGGACCCCGAGGAGACUGAAGUAUUCUAAAUAUAAUAUAUAUAUAUAUAUAAUACUAUAUAUGUCUUUUAUAUAUAGACUGAAGCAUUCUAAAUAUAAAGAUGACGUUUAAAACAGCUCAGGAGAAGAAACUACAGCUGGAAACAUAAUGGAUCAGUUAUCAACUAUUCUGAUAAUCCAUGAAUCAGUUUGAGUCAUUGUUUAUGAUAAAACAGGUAAACUCGUGUGAUGUC